UUCCUUUAUUAAUUACAUUUACAGUUGCUUUUUCUUUAUAAAUUAUGUUUACAGUUUCAUUUUCUUUAUUCAUUACAUUUACAGUUUAUUUUCUUUAUUCAUUACAUUUACAGUUUGUUUAUUCUCUUUAUUCAUUACAUUUACAGUUUUGUUUUCUUUAUCUAUAACUUUGUUUUAGCUGGCUUUUGAACUAUUUUUCUUGUAACAGUGAUAACUGUUACAGGGGUAGUAAAUCAAUAAUAUAACAAAACUUAACCUUAAAUUUUAAAUCAGAUACUUUAGGUCAAGACUUAAUAUGAAUAUUAAAAUUUGAAAUUGCAUUAAACAAUGAAACUGUUGUUGUUAUGACAUAUGAUAACUGUUGCCUUCUAAAUUGCAACAAAAUCUAAAUUAUGGUUCCUGUUUCAGAUGGACGUCACUGUUUUAUGGAGAGCAUGAAGGGAACCGGCUACAUGGAUCCAUGGAGUCACUGGAUUCACAGCUAAAUGCUCAAGAUAGGGGUUUCUGCUCAUGGAUUACGGCAUCCAUCAGAGUAAAGGAUUCUGACAUAGUGAAGAAAUGUGGCCAAGAUGCUUUGCAAUAUAUCACAUUUCAACGUUAUAUUCUGCUGUAUGUGCUUGUUGUAUGUGUGCUGUCAACUGCAAUUAUAAUGCCUGUCAACUUCACAGGCACUUACAUUGGAAAUGUCACUGAUUUUGGACAUACAACAGUAGCUAACCUGAAUGCAAAGUCCAACCUCCUGUGGAUCCAUGCAAUCCUGGCUGUUGUGUUUCUAGCAAUAGCUGUGAUAUUCAUGAGACAUUUUUCUGUAAAUCUCACAUAUGAUGAUGAUGAACAGGUCUCCAAAACCCUGAUGAUAGCAAACAUACCUACAGAUAAAUGCUACCGGAAUGUUAUCGUGCAACAUUUCGAGGAGGGUUAUCCGGAGGUACAUGUACAGGACGUACAAUUUGCUUACAAUGUUGAACGUCUCAUGGAACUUCAUGCUAAAAAAGCUGCUGCAAAAGAGGCCCGUAUGAACUCUGAAAUCGAGUUACAGAAAACUGGACAUCGUCCGACCGUUAAGCCUUACACCUGUGGUCAGUGUCUUUUCUGUGCAGAGUCCUGUGGUUGUGUUGAGUUGGAUGCUAUUACGUACUAUGGAGACGAGGAGAACAGACUGGCAGAAGAAUGCGAGAAGGAGAAAGUUAAUGCUUACAAGAGUUCUCUUGGUGUAGGUUUUGUUACAUUUGAGAAUGUAACUAUGGCAGAAAGGAUAAUGAAUGACUUCCAGCUAUCAUGUAAAGCCUUCCAGAAUCUUCAGCCAUCAUCCGUUCAUGUGGAGUUGAAUGUUGUUGAGUGGGAAGUUACAUAUGCCCCUUCACCAGAAAAUAUCUAUUGGCAGAAAUUAUCACAGUCUGGUUGGAAAUGGUGGUUAAAGGCAAUUCUAAUCAACGGUUUUGUAGUGAUCUUGUUGUUCUUCUUGACCACACCUUCUAUCAUCCUAACCAACUUGGAUAAACUUAGUUAUAAAGACUAUUUUGCUAAAACUCACAGUGCAUUACUUGUACAAUUUCUGCCCACCUUAUUACUGCGGACUUUCACAGCCCUUCUACUAAAAAUUGUUUGCUGGUCAGAUCAGUAUGUUGGUCACUGGACUAGGAGCUCGGAGCAUCAUGCUGUCAUUCUGAAGAUGUUUAUAUUUAUGUUACUAAUGGUUCUCAUCCUGCCAUCUAUUGGUUUAACAAGCGCCAAAGCACUGUUUGAUAUUUUUGUCCUAGAUAAAGGCAAGAGCAUGAAAUGGAAUUGUAUAUUCCUGGCGGGCAAUGGUGCAUUUUUCGUCAACUACGUGAUAACCUCAGCUUUUAUCGGCACCGCUUUAGAGUUAUUAAGAUUUUCCGAACUCUUCAUUUAUGGAAUAAAGCUUCUAAUGGCCAAAUCAUCUGCUGAGAGAACUUCAGUAAGAAAGGCAACAUGUGUUAUUGGAGUUCCACUAUGGGAAAGA